AUGUUGGCUGCCACUUCAGAGGAAAGAUCCCAUGAUGCAACUUCUCAGACGUGUGGAAAAGAACAAAGUUUCAGGCCAAAUCCCAAGGUCAAGAAAAAGGCCCACUCUCCCACUGUCAACAUUUGUUCUGGGUAUCAAGUGACGUUACCCCCUCUGCACCCAGAGCCACGAUGCUUCUCAGCAGCCUCAAUGGGCAGGUCCCUAUUCAGUCGUGCCUCCAUCCGUCACAGUGUUCGAUCUGACAGCCCUUUAUCAGUGGUGGAACUUCCUCGUCUUGUAGCCGAAGUUGGAGCGAAGAAGGCUAUUGGUGAUGCGAAAUGGACAGAAGGACCUCGACUAAUGGCCUCAGCAUUAGGCACCGACAUCCCUUUCAAAACUGCACAGAGUUUCACAGAGAAAGAUGGAGUCACGACGAGUAAGAAUAAAAAGAUAACCGCUGAGAAAGACUGGAAAGCGACCAAAGCAAAUAACGUUCCUCUUACUGGCGCAGAGGUUGUUCAAUUAUUUGUCAAGAAAAGAGACCUGGGAGAAUUGGAGCUUUAUUACCUGAAAGAAGUGGAGAGUGACUCUUACAGACCCUAUGACCUGCAGGUGGUCCAUUCAAGUGAAGCUGGUUCAGAGCAUUACAUCUUCUCCCCUAAUACCGUCAUACAUGUGACAGAGACGGGUUAUGGUGGACUUGUCAGUCUGGCACGGUGGUACAGAGAGUCUGUGUUAUGGAGAGCUUUGCAGGAAAUCACAUUUUUCAGGGACUUCAAAAUGUGGAAAGCUUUCACCUGGUGGCACAGAAAUGUACGCAAGAUCCUCUUUCAUCGCAAGCGUGACAAACUGCAGGGUACGCUGCUCAUAGCUGUACCUCAGUUCAGAAAUGCCCUUUUUCUUUUCUCCAGAGCAAUUGAAGAACUGAAAGGGGCACACUUGCUGCCUCAGGAUGAGUCACAAACCUACACACUGCUGGAAUUCAAGGAUGUUCUGAUAACCAAUAAUGAAGAGUGUCUGCAGAUAUUGGAGAAGAUAUCACAGUAUCGCGCUGUCAUCCUAAACGCGGUGAAAGAGAACUGCUUUAAGGCCUACCAGGAGCUCCAGCUGCACCGUGAAUAUGCAAAAAAGCCAAAUAAAUGCUACGAACCCAUUCACCUCCAACUGGUCCACCAGCAGGAUCUGAAGAAAGAGUUGUCACAGGCUGAAAGCACCUUGGGGAAACUGGGCAACUUUGCUGCUCUCAUUAAUCAAAUGAUUGUGCAGAGUCUCAUCACGAUCAUCAGACAACAUGUAACAGCUUUCCUCAACAAUGUUUUGAAGAGGGAGAAAUCUCGGCAGGGCUGUCUCUUCCAAACUGAACUGUGUUUCAGUGCCAGUGGUCAGCUGGCCCUAGAUCCACAGAUACAUCAAUUUCAAGAAGCAGUGAAUGAAGCACUCCUGACUGUUGGCAACUCUAUUAUUCAGAUGUGUGACACUUGUGGAUUAUUCCUGGAGGUAAGCAACGAUGUCUUCAACUCUGGUUUGGCUCAGGACUCAACACCUGACUUCAGCUGUAUUGAACAUCCGACUGUUACAGCAGGAGAAAAUAAGGACAAUGACGGGAUGACUGUUCACAGAAAGUUUUGCUGCUGGCGGAUGCUCAGAGAACAGUCAGCUCACUCGCUGGUUCUGCCAAAACUGACCUUGAUAAUGGGGCAGGGCAACCGGAUGCAAGGCUGCUACUAUCCUCUCUCCAAAGAACAGCUGGUGUGGCACAUCAGCAUCAAUGAUGUUUCAAAGCAAGUUCAGAGAGAGCAGACUGAUAUCAUGCAGGAAGCUCAAUCAGAAAUCCAGCAGCUGAGUGAGAGGUACAGAUGGUUGGUGGAUAUUCAUUUGUUCAUUAGUCUGUGGAGUCGAGCCUCUUUGGAGUCCAUGAAGUCUGCUUUACUUUAUGAGGAGAAUAUUAAGAAGGUGCGCCACUGGUGUGAAAGACUUCACACAGUUCCCUCAUCAGUGUCUACCUCCAACCAGCUAUUCAUCAUCCACUGCACGCAAAUAAAAGAAAAUCUUGGGCAGCAGUUGAGUUUUAUUGAAGAAGAAGUUCAAGAGCAGCUAGUUGAGCAGAUCAAACUGCACUCAGAGAGCCUCGUAUCAGACUUGGAGAGGGCUACCGCUGAACUCAAGACAGAGCCCCAAGACUUACAUGACCUCUCAACAUACGCUCUUAUGCUGAGGGAGUCUGUUAAAAGCUUGCCUGACAUGCAGAAACGUUUGGAGUACAUUCACUCCCUCCAGGAUGUUUGCAUGAACUACAGGAUGGUGACUGAACAGGAGCAGAGUUUGGAGGAAAAGAUGCUGGGCUUGUGGGAUUGCCUUUUUCCCCUCAUGAAGCAAGCAGAUAGCAUUGUGUGCCAUCGUCUUCCUUCAAUGGCUAGCGCAGUGGACACAAUGUUCUCAUUUUUGGUCCUUGACCUUAAAAAUAUGGUUUCUAAUGCCAACUUUGGACCGUUCCUUGAUCCAACCAAUAAUGCUGACGAAAUGGUCUCCAAACUGAACUACAUGUGUGCUCAUGUGCAUACUCUCAAAACAAAGUUGGAAAAGCUUAGUAGGAACAGUGAAAAUCUACAAGAAAACCCAAUGGAUUUGACUGUUCUAACCACAGAUGUUCAUAAAAUUGAGUCCCGUAAGGAGCUGUGGGAGCUGAAAGCUCUAUACAGAACAUGGAUAAAAGACUGGAAGAAGCUGCUGUUCACUGAGGUUGUGGUAUCUCAAGCUCAAGAAAAAAUUGCCAGGUGGCAGGAGCAAGCUGUAUCUCUAACAAGCACCAUACCUACUCAUGAUGCAGUGCUGCAGGAGGCUUUAGGAAAUCUGGAGAGUUUAAGGCAUCAGCUUGCAGUCAUGGCCAAGCUGCAGAGCCCCACACUCAAACAUAAACACUGGAAAGCUAUUUUCCAAGGCAUGGGCCUACGGUAUGUCCCAGAGAAGAAGGUGACUGUUGCUGAACUGAUGUCUCAACAGCUUGACGUUCACCAUAAACUGAUUAACAAGAUAUACAGGGAUGCACAAGCAGAGUGUGAAAUGGAGCAGGGCUUCCAAAGGCUUCAACAGGGAUGGAAAGCCAGACUCUUCCAGCUGGAUAAAUUCAGAACUCCUGUGUGGCAGUAUUGUGAGAAACAACAUGGAUUAGCACAAAAGCCCACAGAUGACAAGGUUUUAAAUUCCCAAACUGGCAGUCAAACCUCUUUUAAUGAUGUCAGAUUCAUUGUCAUUGGUAUGAAAAUCCACUUUAAUCAGACAGAAAAUGAUUUGAUGACUUUGUCCAUCAUGCUGAAGUCUCCACACAGCACUGAGUUCAGGUCGCAGGUGGAAGAUUGGAUGCAGUUGCUAAAAGAACUUGAGAAGAUGCUUGAUUUAUUCGAAAAAUACCAGCAAAUAUGGGCCCUCCUGACCAAGGUGUUAAAUGAAACAUCCUUUAGUGUUCGGAGAGUGGACCUGCUGGAGCGUUUCAAACCAGUUGAUGAGACAUUUAAGAACAUUAUCCACUCUAUAUCAACUGACCCUCAUGUGUUGAACCUUGUUCAUUCCAAGACAACAAAUGACACAUUCCAUGGUAAUAGCCUUUGCCAGAUUCUCACUGAUGGUCUUUCUACAAUGGAAGCUAUUUACAACCAGAUGGUGGAUCUCCGAGAUGCCCUCUCUGAACUGUUUCCAAGACUCUGGUUCUUGACUGACAGGGAAGUAAUAAAACUACUUUCGUUUCACCAAACGCCCUCCACACUGCUACCCUUUGUACGCAAAUUCUUUAAAGGGGUACGCUGGCUCGAGGUGGAUUGUGAAAUGCCAUCUAAUACAAGCGAUCCAAAGAGUUGUGGGGCUACAUCUGUUAGCCACAGACAGAUGAAGGUGCUUGGGGUUUCUGGCAGCCCACAGGAGCACAUUACCUUUCUUUCUCCUUUGGAGCCAAAUCUCAAUCCCUUGGUUUGGCUUUGUGCCUUUGAGAAACAAUUCAAGUUGACAAUGGCACAGCUCCUUAAAAAAUGUGCUGAUGUACACAGCCAACUUGAUUUAUCCAAUCAAGACUUGGCAUGUGAUAAUAAAGUUGGAGACAUUCUGUUCCAUAUAGCUAAUAGGAGGAAAAAUGCGCAACCUGUGCUUGAUAUGCUGUCUGAAUAUCCUCUUCAGUGUGUGCUGGUGGCUGAGGAGGCAGUAUGGUACAGUGUUGUUCGACAAACUUUCAAUGAAUCAAGCCCGAUGAAGCUGAAAAACGUAAAGGCAUACAACUGUGCAAAACUGAAAAAGCUUGGCCAGUCCAUAAGGGAUAGAGUCACAGGGUCUGAAAGUGAAUCACUGGUUUCAAAGUACAUGAUGAUGUGCCUGCGUGCUUUAGUGCAACUGACAAUGAAUCAUGCACAGCAGCUAUCUCGACUCAUGGAGGUGGAAUGUGAGCUGGAAUCAUCUUUUGAAUGGCUAAGUUUGAUGAAAUAUUGUAUAACCUCAGAUGAUCAGAGUGUGAGAAGCAAUGAUGAUUCAACAUGCUACGUGGAUGUUUUGGACCAUCGACUCCAGUAUGAUAAUGAAUAUUUUGGUCCGGAAGAUUGGGUGAUGGUGCAUUCUCCCUCCACAGAUCGGGCGAUAAUAGGGAUUCUCCUUGCUCUUACAAGCUACAGAUGUGGGUUUAUGAGUGGACCUUGCAUGUCUGGAAAGAAAAAGACUGUGGUCCACUUAGGGAAAGCGUUGGGGCGACAGAUUGUCAUUAUACACUGCUCUCCAAACUUGAGACCCAAUGUUGUUCAGCAGAUGGUGUUUGGUGCUCUCCAGACUGGAGCAUGGCUUCUGCUGGACUCUGUGGACUUACUAACGCAAGGGAUCCAGUCAUCACUGGGACAGUAUCUAGAAGACAUUUACCAAUCCUUCUCUGAGUUACUGAGAAAGAAGAAUCAAACUGUGAAGGAAGAGCUAAAGGAUGGGACUGCUGAUGGGAUCAAAGCUUGCAAAAACAUUGUGGAUCCAGAAUGCCAUAUAGUACUGACAGGGAAAAGCAUUUCUGCUAGACUAAGCUAUGCCUGUGUUCUUAUCUCAUCAAAAGGGUACAUAUCCGAAGUUCCACAAAGUCUGCUAUAUGCAACCAGACCUGUUGCAUUAACCCAUCCAGAUUACAGGAUCAUUGCAGAAGUAAUGCUGACCUCCAUUGGUUUCUCAGAGGCAAUGUCUUUAAGUCAGCGUCUGGUAUCCCUCAUCAGCUUGGCCAAGGAUUCCCUCUAUCUGCCUGAUUUCAUCACUGAACACCAAAGCGGCUGUCUUGUUGUCUUGCAAAAGAUCAUCGCUGCCUCUGAAAUACACUUACAACAAAGUGUAAGGGAACGAGAAAUUUCAGAUAAGGCUAAAGGAUUGGCUGCAGAAGAAUCUGACCUUACAUCUCCACAGAAUGUGACUGCUGGACUUGUUGAGAAUGAUGGAGAGGAAGCUGAAAAGCCUUCUGUGUUGCGCAGCUCUCAUUUCCAAAUUAUACGGGGAUUAAUAGAGGAGACAGCUAUUGUCAAAGCAAUUCUUUCUGUGUUAAUACCUGUUAUUCAUGAGUCCAAGAAAGCCUCACAGUUCUACAUCAUUUUCAAGGACACAUUUCCUAUCGUAUGCCAGUUUCCUCUUUUUCAACAAUAUAUUGAUGAAGAAGAAAAUAACCGACUUAAAGAGGCAGUCACUGAAGAAUUGGAAAGAAAACAGUUUCAAUCUGACACAGAAAUAAUUGGCAGAGCUCUCACACUUUACCAGACCAUGAAAUUCUCUCAGGCUGUUAUGCUUGUAGGACACACGGGUAGUGGAAAAACAACCUGUUUUAGUGCUCUCGCUGGAGCACUCAGUAGUCUGGCUGCCAAGGCAGGAGAAUAUGUGUUCGAAAAUGACAGUAUGAUUGAAGAAAGUACCCCACAGGCAGACUUGCAGAUCUCUGCCUUAACCUGGAGCUAUGUUGACACUGUGGUCUUAUUUCCUAAUGCUAUGUCCCAUGAAGAGACAUUUGGAUACUUCUGUGAAAAAACAGGAUGGCAAGAUGGAGCUGUUGCAAAGGUGUUGAGAGAUUCUGAAAGACGUGAAUGCACAAGUUCUGAAAUGUGCAAGAGUAGGAAAAGUGAUCAGACAGCAAUUGUAAAAUGGCUGGUAAUGGAUGGAGAGCCUACGGGGCAACCUGGCUGGUUAGAUUACUUAACCACACUGUGCAAUCUUGAGGACCCAUAUCUGUACCUGUCAUCAGGUGAAACACUUGUGCCAUCCCAAUCACAUCUUAAACUACUUUUGGAAAUCACUGACCUAAGUGAUGCAAGUCCCUCAGCAGUGACCCGUUGCAGCCUUAUUUAUUUCACAGGAACUGAUCUGUGGAAGGCUGUGUGGAAGACUGAAAUGAACAGUCUCCUUUGUGAACACAGACUGGAUCAUGGGACCUUGAAAAUGUGGAAUCUUUUGGCUGAAGAUCUUUUCUCCAGCACCCUGGGUUUGCUAAAGCACAAUGCGGUUCACAGUGAAGGAGCAUCUUGUAAAAGCUCAACAUAUGGACUGCAAGAAAUCAUGUCAUUCAGUCGGAUCCUACGUGCCCUUCUGCAACAUUUUGGAAAGGAAGUAGAGAAAUCUGAAGCAGCAACACAAAUUGACAAAAGAGAUAUACCUUUACAUAGAACUGACACAUCAGAUGCUGAAACGAAAGAAGGAAUAUUUCUGAUGGCUUAUAUUUGGGGGUUUGGUGGACAUCUACAUCCUCGCCACUGGCCACAGUUUGACAUUGUAGCCCGCCAGGUUCUGUUCAAUAGCCGGUACAAACUUGUGGUUCCAGAUGAAGAGACUGUGUUUGAACACUUUUUUGGCAUCAACAGUAAGAUAUUCCACAGAAAAACACUGUUGACAAAUUCCAUCACUCUCAAGUACAGGAAAUAUACCUAUCUCCUGAACUUCAUGUUGGAAGCAAACCAGCCAGUGUUGCUUGCAGGAGAGCCUGGUUCAGGAAAAACCACUCUGUGUAAGACUUUGCUGGGCUUUGACAAGCCACAUAUUAGCCUCAGUCCACUCCUGAACUCCAGAGACCUGCGCACUAUAUUGAAUAGCCUCAGUAACCAGAAGACCUGCAAAGAAACCAUGUGUUCCAUGACCAAACAGUCAGGCCUGCUCCUUUUCGUGGAUGAUUUGCAUGAAGCCCCAUGUGAUGUGUUUGGGAAGAUGUCAAGGGCUCUAGAGACGCUACGACAAAGUAUUUCAAAAGGAGGGAUUCUUACAUUUGAUACCAACCACUUGAGUCCUGGAACAAUCAGCUACAUGGCUACCUGUUGUGUCUCUGAAUUGGGCAAUCACCACAGUCACAUGAUUACUUCCCGGCUGUCACGCCUGUUCUCCAUUUUUGUGCUUCCAAGCUUAACCAUAGAUGGUAUAUUGUCUAUACAUUCUCCUCAGUUAAAACUCUGGCUCCAAAACAUGCCAUUUAUCGAGAGUGUUGCGGAUAUGGCAUGUUGUAUCAUCACUGCAACUAAGGAUUUGUAUCAUGCGGUUGGUGAGAAAUUCCAGGCCAAUGUGCAGAGACCCUAUGUAAUGUUCUCCUGUCAUGACCUGCAAAAGAUAUUUCGGGGGAUGCGCCUGCAGCAGCCUCACAUUCCUUUUACAGUGACAAUGCAGAAAAAGAAAUAUGCACCGCCAAGUUUUCCUCCAGUCCAGACAGGGCCUGCAGCAGCAGUGCUGAACAUAGCACAUCUCUGGAUGCAUGAGUGCAUGCGUACUUUAAGUGAUAGGUUAUGUUCGGAGGAUGAAAGCAAAACUCUUCAGUCACUCAUAGCCAAUAUAGCAUCAACAAACUAUGGAAUAAGAUUGGUUGAUGAACCCACCGUCACAAGCCUCGCUGUUCAGAUACUACCCAUGGACACGUCAAGCACCUGUAAGCCAAUGGGUCAGAGUCCAGAUGCACUAAAUCUGGUACAAGAGCCAAAACCAGCUGGUCAAUCAGACCUUCAGCUAGACUUUACAUUGACUGGGCUAUACUUUCUGUCUGAAAACAAUCAUUCGGAAGAGGCAAACCUAAAAUCCCACCCUCUGCAGCCCCAGAUUCUUCAGCAUAUGGAGGAUGUAAUGGCUGAACUUGUCUAUUGUCCUGAGCUCUCUGAGGCCUUGAAUCAGCAACACAACUUCAAAUGUAGCUCUUCCUAUCAGGAGCGAGACCUUGAUGUACUAGUGCAGCAGGUAUCUACAUUCAUGGACAGAAAAGAGGAAGACAAAGGACAGGAAGUUGAUAAUGCCUACAACAUUACAUCCAAAUACAUCAUACACAGACAUAGGGUGUGUCAGCUGCUACAUAUCCUCAGGGCUUUGCUCAUUCCUGGAGGUCAUGGUGUGCUGAUUGGCUCAGACAGAGGCACAGGCCGCAAAACAUCUGUGCGUUUAGCUGCUUAUAUUACAGGCUACCAGUUGAUGGAGAUACAUCCUGGUAAUGAGAGUAAUUUGCAUAACAUACUAAGAGAGGCUGGGAAUCAAACUAGAGUGGAUGGCGUUAAUGUCAUCAUACUGGUCCAUGAGGGGAUUAGCCUGUCUGUCAGAGAAGAAAUACUAGUGGCAAUGGCCCACAGUACCUACCCUGGGCUCUACACAGAGGAGGAGCUGAUGAAUCUUGUUUCCAGAGUGACUGCUGUGAACUACUCAAAAAGAUACCUUAUGGACACUUGGACAUUUGAAAAGUACUUGAGCCAAAUGUACAGAAAUGUACAUGUGUUCCUGUUGAUGCCCUUCACUAUGCCAGACAGCAGCGAGAUACCUGCUAACAAUGGAACCACUCGAUGGAAUGUGCAAAUGACCAAGGCCCUGAAUCUUAGCUGCUGUGUGGAGGUGUACCAGCCUUGGUCUAAUCAGUCUUUGGUGGAAGUUGCUUCUCAAUACCUAAAAACCAGUCCCCCAAAAGUGAUGAGAGAAGGUUCAGAGGCCAGUCUGUCUGUGGCUAUGGCAGGAAUUCAUCAAUCUGCAUGUCAGUAUGCUUCUGUCCUUCUAAGAGCUCAGCCUUUCAGCCCUCAGACAUAUAUGGAGUUUAUUGCCCACUUUGGUUACCUUUGCAACCACCUGCAUAAGCAAUGGCAGGACCAAGCCAACAGAGUUACCGCUGUUAUGUCUCAUUUGGAUGUCAUAAACAACACAGCUGUGAAUUACAAACAGAACUUAAUAAGACUGCAAGAGAAGGUCCAUGAGACACAGCAGCUUGAGAAUGAGAUCCAAAGAGCUGUAGAUGAUCAUAGGAGCCUGCUCGAGGAAGCCCAGCAAAGAUGUGUGGAAGAGGAGAAUGCACUUUGUGGCUUAGAAGACCAGAUCAGUCACAUUCAGAAACAGAUUACACCUGUAUUCCAGUCAGGUCUCAAGAUUUUCAAGUGUCUGAAUCCAUCUGACCUGGAGGAGGUGCGCCACUACAGAGAUCCACCUGAUGGAGUGGUGAAAGUUAUGGACGCAAUUUGUUUGUUGUUUAAUCGUCCACCAGGCUGGGAAAGUGCUAAACAGCUUCUUGGACAAUCCAACUUUUUCGAGGAGUUGGAAUUUUUUGACCGCUGCAGACUGACAAAUGAACAGCUGCAGCAGCUUGGCCAGAUAAUUCAAAGCCCCCUGUUUGUACCAGAAUCUGUGCGAGAGGUGAGCAAGGCCUGCGAGUCCCUGUGCCGAUGGGUCCAAGCUGUGUAUGAGUGGAGCUGUAUCCAGUACCACCUGUUGGUGAAGCAGCAGUUGGAGGUGCUGGCUGGAAAGGCACGCGAUCAACUGUACCUGGCCAAGCAGCAGAAGGAAAAUGCAUAUCAUUGUCUAGAGGAUGUUAAGUUUGAGCUGCUGUUUGUACAAGAGGCCCUAAAGGAACAAUUACUGCAGCUGCACAGAGCUGAGAGCAUGGAAAGAGUAGCUGCUACAGUUGCAAGGCUGUUAAAGAGACAUGUCAAAUACUGGAGGGCAGCUGCUCAGGAGGUAGAGUUGAAUAAUCAAACCUUACCAGGAGAUGCUCUUAUCCUGGCUGCAAUCAUCUCAUAUUUAGGCCCCUUUGCACCUGACAUACGCACAGAACUGCUGAGUAAGUGGAGGGAGCUAUGUCAGACAGGAGGCAUCAACAUAAACCCCAAGGACCCCAGAGCCUCUCUGUUUACAUACUCUGACACAGCACCUCCUUACCCCACACUCGGUUUUCCUAUCCCUGUGUCUGAGAGGCUUCAGCUGCCUCUGGGUCAGGCAUUAUGUAUGAACAAGUGGCAGCUCCAGAAGACAACAUCUGUCAGAUUGGUGGUGAAGCUGCUGCUGUGGGGCUGCAGGAGUACCUGGGUUCAGCGCUGGCCUCUACUGGCAGACACCCAGCAUCAUCUGGAGAUAAGCUGUCAAAACUGCCUCAUCACAGGAGAGAAAGCCAAACUUGAGAAGGAGUUAGAGUGCAGGAUGGUGGUUUGUGCUGAUGAUCCAAAGCUGCUGGACAAACUAGACCAGGCUGCUGAGAAAGGUCUCAGUGUCUUAGUUACUCAUGUGGAACGUGCAAUCCCCAGCCCACAAUUUAUGGCCAGACUGGCACGCCCUGCUGGAUGUCACCUUCCAGGAUUAAAGCAGCAUGUUCAGCAGACCCACCCCAACUUCUGCCUCUUCCUCAGCACUGAUCUGCCUGUUCGACUGCUUAGCAGUGUGAUCCCUCCGUCCAUCUUGGCUCAAGUAUGUGUAGUUGACCUCUCUGUGAGCUCGGAAGAGAUCCAGGAGCUGAUGCUGACACAGCUGCUGCAGUCUGAGUGUAAAGACCUGCUGAUUCGACACCUGCGGCUCCAGAAUGACAAGCAGGUGCUGCAGAAGAAAAUGGUCGCAGAAGAGGAUGCUCUGAUGGACGACAUGCUGCAGUGUAACACCACAGUGCUGCAGGUAUCUGAUUUACUCCCUUGUGUGACGGUUUGUCAAGAAGCAAUGAAGACACUACAGGCAGAGAUCCAGUGUCUAAGUGAGGAGCUCAAGUACCACGAGUCCCUGCUGGCUGCUCCUCGACAAUUAAUGAGGCUUGCCGCCGCCCUCUACCAGGCUUUGCAAGAGGUGUCUCGUCUUUCUCCUGCCUACUACUUUUCCUUAUCUGGCUUCAUCGCAGUGUUGCACAAGGCCGUCAUUGUGAAGGGGAGACCAUUUGUGUCACUCACCAUUGGGAAAGAGCCAAGGGCCAUAAUACCAGAGAUCAUGAACAGGAUGGUAGAACAACUGCUGGUCCAAUACAGACCUCGUCUCUUUAAGGAUCAUGUUGCUGUUCUGAAGAUGCUUGUGUCUGUGGCUCUGCUCCAGCACAACCAUCUCUGCUCCGAGGCUGAGAGGGCCGUCUUUUUCAAGGGCCUUAUAGACAUACAAAGUCCUGUUACUAAAGUGAAACCUUGCUCCCCUCCUGCUACUGCCUCAGAGUCCUGCAAUCCACUGCCCACCUGGAUAUCCCCUCAUAUCCACCCAGAACUGCUCUGCUUAGAAAGGAUCCCGGCCUUCAGAGGGUUGACUGACUCUCUUGCCACUUCCCCCAUGCAAUGGCAGGAGUAUCUGCACUUCCCGUCCUCCAAUAUAGUAGGGACCGUUCCCUGUCGCUCUCACUCCCAUCUGUCCUUGCUACAGCGGGCUCUCCUGUGGAAGACCGUUAUCCCGCAUUGCCUGGAAGAUCUAGCUGAGGCCAUGGCUGCCUAUCACCUCUGCCUGUCUGGACAGACCGCAGGGACUGAGGGGCCUCACACUGGGAACCCAGAGGCCCUCUCUAGAUUAUUUGUCAAACAUCAACCCAUCAUUCUUACAUUGCCCAGUCCAUGCAGAGAUGAGUGGACAAGCAUUCAGCCACUUCACUUAAUAAAACAAAUGGCCCACUGUGUAGCAGAAACAAAGGAGGUUCAGGUGAAAGUCAUAUCUUUUGGAGGUUUGUGUGACAAAGAGUUCAUCCUCUCGACUCUGAACAAAGCAGCUAAUAAUGGCCACUGGUUGGUUUUUAAUAACUGUCACCUGUUAGACCAGUGGGACGAUAAAGUACUGAUGCACCUCAAUCAGUUGAUCUCCUCUUUCAAAGCGAUGCCAUACAUAAAAAGCCAGAUACACCCAUGCUUCCGGCUGUGGUUUAUAACUGAAGAAAAUGCAUCCUCCUCCGUACCUGCGGCAGUGCGAAUGUGUGCCUUGCCUCUGGUCUGUGACUCUGCCUGGGAUGUGAAGGAGGAAUUGAGCUGCUCCUUGCGACAGGUGGUGACCACCGUACAGCGCCAAUCACUGUCAGGUGUCACAGCUGAUGACAUGGAGCUCCUUCUCCGCUGUGCAGUCUUCCAUACUGUCUUACUGCAGAGACAGACUUAUAAAUACCUGGGCCAGGGGAGAAUCCACUGCUGGAGCCAGGCAGACCUCCAGGCUUUGGUGGAUGCACACAUUUGUAUUGCCAGUCUCUGCCAUAACAAGACUAAGGCUUUGCAGUAUAUAGCAGUCAAUCUGGUGCAUGGCGGUCAUGUAUUGGAUUCUGCAGAUUUGGAGGUGGUAGAGAAUGUUGCCAAGACCUGCCUCAGCACAGCGGCACCUCUCUCAGACAGUGGACCACACAUCCUGUUAAAUAUUAUCAGCAGCACUGGCCACUUCGAUGUGUCAGGACUGCUGCAGGUUUUGGAACAUGAUCCUUGGGAUUCGGCAAAUAUCAGUGACCCCCUUGUGUUGGGUUUCAGUGCUGAUGUGGCAGCUGAGAUGAAAAAGAUCAACAACCACAAUAUGAGCAUACUUCUGCAGGCCUCUCAGACUCUAGGAACGAGAUGUUUCAGCACUGAACUGAACCAGCCUGUCAUACUGCCAGCCUACAGCCACACUAGAGACCGGCUGCAGGCUCUGCAGAGUUACCUCAAGCACAAGAAUGACAGCAGAAUUACAAAUGCAGGAGCUGUUUCUCACAAUCCCCUACGUGACUUCUUGCAGGCUGAAUGGGAUGAUCUAAUCGAUUUGGUGUCCUCACUUCUCUCACAGCUCCAACAGCCCGUUCAUAAUGGCACUUCAACCUUUGCUUCCUUCCUCAAGCUCACUGACUUGUCUCGCUUGGAGAGGAGGGCAGAGUUACUUAGGGCUUAUCUCUGGCAAUACAACACUGCAGAUCCACCUGGUGCCUAUCGCCUGUCUGCUUUCAAAAAUGCCAAAGGUGUUCUGGUGGCAUUGAUGAGAGAAGCUGCUCAUGUAAAUCGCAAAUAUGUCAGUGAUAUAGCUAUCCAUUUUCAGGUUCUGAGUGAUUGUACAUACCCAGCCUCACUUCCCACAGAUGCUGUAUAUUUGUGUGGCCUGGAGCUGAAAGGGGCAUCAUGGGAUACACAGACAGAAGUCCUACAAGACACACACUCUCCUCAGCCUUGCUCAUUGCCUCUCGUUUGUGUCAAAGCUCAAGUGAAGAAGGCAGAUAGCUCAAAUUUAAGGGACACCAGCAACGUCCAAGUCUCAGAUGAUUCUCCGCCAACUGCCCCUCAAUUACCAGUUUAUCACUGCCCGCUUUAUCUUGAUGAAGAGCAGGAGACAGGAAUCUGGGGACUGGCUGAAGCUAACGUUAUUACUACACUUCCCCUUCAUACCAAGUUAAAUCCUGUGUUGUGUAGUUUAAGGAGGGUGAGGCUAGUGAGCAGGUUCUGAGUGAACCGACCUGCUACUAACUGCUGUGAUGCAUCUGGCAGAUGCUAAAAUACACUGAUGCAA